AUGGAAAUUGCUAUUUCUCGAACAGCGGAGUGCACUUUUCUGGAGGAUGCCAUGCCUCCUUCCCAGCAGAGCCAAGAAAACAAAGCCAGCAUUAUGAGGGACACGAAUCAUACUGGUGGACAUAAUAUCUGCGAGUCUUCUGUUCAAUACGGUGUUCAAGCAGCCCAGGCACUGGCCAGUACCCUCUCACGAAGGGAACUCAUUGUGAUCUACCUUCUCAUCUGGGUCGCCAUGUUUGUCUACGACAUGUCUACAGGAGUCACUCGGCUUCUGAACCCCUACGUGACAAGCGCUUUUGAAGAACAUUCUCUGACUGCAACCACCUCGGUCAUCGCCAGCUUUGCAGGCGGAAUUUCUCAAAUCCCUUAUGCCAAGCUAAUUGACGUAUGGGGACGUAUUCAUGGCCUUGCUGUGAUGGUUCUCUUUAUGACUGUUGGUACGGCGAUGAUGGCAGCUUGUCAAAAUGUUGAGACCUACUGCGUCGCACAAGUUUUUUACAACAUCGGAUCUUACUGUAUCUCGUUCAGUAUCACACUAUUUGUUGCUGAUACCACGCCUCUUCGCAGUAGGGCAAUUUUGAUAGGGUUCACCUCAUCCCCGUCAAUCAUCACAAACUGGCUACAUGGCCCUAUCGCGGAGGGUAUCUUGGAUAGAAUUGGGUUCAGGUUUCAUGCAAACUGCUGCUUCUUCCUAGCGAGUUGGUCCCGAUGA